GCACGAAAUAUGUCCAUGAGGAUCAGAAGACCUCUACAAGCUACAUUCAGAAAAAAAAUCCGAUUGUAUGCCACUCAAUCGACGAAGCCAAAGAAAACAAGAAAAUCAAACCGUUUCUUCUCUGGCUGUGGACGUAAGAAAUCAAAUCGAAGCCGAAAAAGGUACCAAAAUAUGAGGGAAAGUCAUGGAAGGAGGCAGAAUCCAAAGAGAAAAUAA